GCUCUUCAGUCUUCAAAGUUCAAUCUUCAUCACCUCUCGUGGCUCAUACAGUCAUACUACUUCAUAUUACUAGUUUACUACCAUGGAACUCCACACUUUCUUUCACAUAGACAUAGACAUAGACAUAGACAUAGACAUAGACAUAGACAUAGACAUAGACAUAAUCACAUAACAACCCAAAUCCGGUCAUAUUAUUCAAAUAAGAAAAGUGGGGCCCGUCUCAUUCUUCGUUCUUCAUUGUUCGACACCCGCUUUCAACGUCCCUCUAAUUACACCCACCUUCGUCCUUCCCUCUCUCUCUCCACUUUCUCCUUCCCAUUUCCCAUAAUUCAAACCCUAAAUCCCCCAUUUUCGUUCCCAGAUCCAUCAAUCCAUCAAUCCAUCGAUCUUCAACGGCGAUUUUUCUCAACUUUUUUAGGUUCGAUUUUGGGAAAAGUGUAGGAAAACAAGAAUCCUACACAAUGCAUCGUGCUCCUGCAACAGUUGAGGAGCAAUUGAUUUUGAAAGCUAUAAGAGAGGAGUGUCCAUGGGAGAAUCUACCUAAAAGGCUUCAAUCUACUCUCUCUUCUAAAGAAGAAUGGCAUCGAAGGGUGAUUGAACAUUGCAUCAAAAAGAGACUUCACUGGAAUACAUGUUUUGCUCGCAAAGUAAUUAAAGAAAGUGAAUACUACGAGGAGAUGAUGCGAUAUUUGCGGAGACAUCUUGCGCUCUUCCCUUAUCACCUCUCCGAAUAUGUAUGCCGAGUAAUGAGGAUCUCACCUUUCCGAUAUUACUGUGAUAUAAUAUUCGAAGUCAUGAAAAAUGAGCAACCUUAUGAUAGCAUUCCAAAUUUUAGUGCGGCAGAUGCAUUGCGGAUCUCAGGAGUAGGGAGGAAUGAAUUCAUUGAUAUCAUGAACAAAUGCAGAUCUAAGAAAUUCAUGUGGAAAAUCAACAAGUCAAUUGCGAAAGAACUUUUACCAACACAGCCGGUGGACUUUCCAAUUGAACCUUGGUGGGGAGUUUGUCUUGUCAACUUUACUCUUGAAGAAUUUAAGAAACUUUCAGAAGAAGAAAUGGCAACAAUAGAUAAAGUUUGCAAGGAGGAAGUCAAUUCAUAUGUGCUUUUUGAUCCUGAAGUUAUAAAGGGUCUGUACCGGCGGGGUUUGAUAUAUUUUGACGUCCCUGUAUAUUCGGAUGACCGUUUCAAAGUUUCCAGGCUGGAGGGCUUUGUUUCAAAUAGGGAGCAGUCCUAUGAAGAUCCUAUUGAGGAGUUACUUUACGCAGUUUUCGUUGUUUCAAGUGAAAAUGCUACUGUAGCAGAACUUGCCUCCACAUUACAGGCUGACCUUUUGCAGUUGCGAGCUGCUGCAUCUUUUGCUUGUCGAUUGGGAUGGGCUGAGAAAAUAAUUGAUCCAGCAUCUGUUCUUCAGGAUGCUAGUGUCCAUGGCUCUCUUAUUCUUAGUGAUGAUGAAGAUGGGUCUCGUGCUAGUGUAGGCUCAGCCAACAUGUCAGUGGAUGGAGGCAGUGUCCAACAGGAUCCAGAAAGCAGAGCAGCUUCGAAUCAUGCUCGUGUUGCAUUUAUUGUUGAUGCUAAUAUAACUUCUUACCUCAUGAUGGGGUCUGUUUCACCAGGCUUAAAAUCGCAUGCUGUGACCCUCUAUGAAGCAGGUAAGCUGGGUCAUGCAAGCAUUUCAGAUCUUUGCAAGGAUCUGAGCACAUUAGAAGGAACCAAAUUUGAGGGGGAACUGCAGGAAUUUGCCAAUCAUGCCUCUAGCCUUCGUUGUAUUCUAGAAUGUCUACUUUCUGGAGGAGUGUCUGAUAGUGUUGCAGAGGCAGAAGUUGGAAAUAAUGUGGGCACAUUAUCCUCACAAAGCAAUGGUGCUUCUAUAGCAGCUGCUUCGAGCUCCACUGAGGAUGUUCGUGGCCUUAACGAUGAUGAGGUGAUCACUUCGGAAUCUCAGGAUAAAAUUACAGAAACAGAUGAAUUGGAAAGUGAUGUCCACUCACCUUUAACGUCUACAGUCAGUUCUGUGGAAACCAAGACUGUCAGUGAAGGUGAUGAUAUAUCUUCUAGAAUCUCCUCUAGCAAUACUGAUGAUUCUUCUCAGCACUCAAGGUUAGAGCCGGUUCUGGAGGAUAGUGAGAAAUCAGUCCUGGAAAGUGGUGCUACUAGAAGAAAAAGGAGUUACCGUUUGGAUCUUCUUCGUUGUGAAAGUUUGGCCAACCUUCAACCAGCAACUUUGGAUAGAUUGUUUAAUCGAGACUAUGAUAUUGUCUUAUCCAUGAUUCCGCUUCCUCCGUCCUCUAUUUUGCCUGCGCAAACAGGUCCUGUGCACUUUGGGCCUCCUUCACAUUCAUCCAUGACACCUUGGAUGAAAUUAGUAUUAUAUUCAGCUGUAGGCAGUGGACCUCUGUCUGUUGUUCUAAUGAAGGGUCAAUAUUUACGUUUACUUCCCGCGCCCCUGGCUGGUUGUGAGAAAGCCCUUAUAUGGUCAUGGGAUGGCUCCACAAUUGGAGGGUUGGGAGGAAAAUUUGAAGGGAGCUUAGUGAAAGGAACUGUUCUUCUGCAUUGUCUUAAUUCACUUUUAAAACAUUCUGCUAUACUUGUGCAGCCUCUCAGCAAGCAUGACCUUGAUGGAUCUGGCAAAGUUGUUACAAUAGAUGUCCCGCUGCCAUUGAAGAAUUCUGAUGGUUCCUUUGUGCAUGUUGGGGAGGAGUUGGGGUUAGGCAUUGACGAAAGUACAAGAUUGGAGUCACUAAUUAAAGACAUAGUGGAUAGAAUUGAUUUGUGGACUAUUGGCUACAUCCGCCUACUCAGACUUUUUAUAGAGAGCGAGACAGAGGAGUUUUCACCUGAUGAUGAGAGAUAUGAAUGGGUCCCACUCAGUGUAGAAUUUGGUGUUCCUCUUUUUAGUCCAAAACUGUGCAAGAGUAUGUGCAGAAGGGUAAUUUCUUCGCAGUUGCUUCAGACAGAGUCCUUUGAUGAGCACCAUGAAGCAAUGCAUGGGUUAAGAAGAAGGUUACGUGAUGUCUGUGCAGAGUACAGUGCUACAGGUCCCACUGCAAAGCUUUUGUACCAGAAAGAGACAUCUAAGGAUAGGUCUCGGCAACUCACGACCUAUGCGAGUGGAAGAUGGAAUCCUCUUGUGGAACCAUCUUCUCCCAUUGCUGGAGCCACUGCUGAAUACCAGAGAAAAAAACUUUCCUUAAGGCAGCGUUCAAGGAGAGAAGUCCUUAGUUUUGAUGGGAGUAUCCUUAGAUCAUAUGCUUUGACUCCUGUCUAUGAGGCUGCCACAAGGCCAAUUGAAGAAUCAAUUCCGACAACCAUGCCAAAAGUUGAAUCUGAUGAUGCUGACAGCAAAGACGUGAUCCUGCCUGGUGUAAGUCUCCUCUUUGAUGGAGCAGAGCUGGAACCUUUUGAGAUAGGUGCUUGUCUUCAGGCUCGCCAACCAAUUGCUUUAAUCUCAGAGACCUCAUUAGCAACCUCUGCUCUGGCAGCUAAAUAGGCUUCAUGGUCUGUAACGUGUGACACGGUUUAGAAGAUAUUAGCAUGAGUAUUCUGCAUUGAUGACUAUUAUUGCUUCUCCUUCAUGGAUCAGCGUGGUUGUUUUUUAGUUCUUCUCCUCUUCAGCUUGAAGGGCCAUCAUUAUCUAUAGUCUGCAUGAUCUUAAGGUGAAGCUGGUAGCUUGUUUCUGAUGUGUGUGGUUGAAGAAAUUGUCAAAAUACGCGAUUGCAUCUGAAUUCGUUCUGUAGCUGAGAACACUGUUGGAUACAGGAUUGCGUGAAAUUGAAUGUAGAAAGAGAUUGUUGUUCCAAAAAUUUUGAUUUUUUUUUCCUUUGAGAUUGUGGUAUAGGGAGGUUAUAGGGCUUAUUGUUCAAGUCUGCCGUGCUCUAGGAGCAGAAUUACAUAUCGUGGUUGUAGUUUAGCAAAGGGAUGUAUUAGGUUUUAUUGAAAUGUCGUCCCUGAUGUGGAGCAACUUCCACUAGGGAAAUCGACACAAAACCUCGAGUAGGAUAUAAUGUAAUAAGCUUAUAGAAUGAUUUAAAUGAAAUUCGUUUUAUUAUGAUUCAAUACAACACCAAUUGAUUAAGGAAA